CGCCCUUCUCUCUCCCCCAUCACCUUGGAGCUCAUUAAUUAGCUUAAUUAUAUCCCUAAUCCUUAAUUAAUUAUCUUAAUUGCACUGUUCACACUCCACUUCUUCUCUUAACCCAACUUAAUUACUCUAUAGUUAGCUGUAACCCACGACACCGUCCUCCAUUUAUACCCCCUCCAUUCGCCCCUUCUCCUUCGUCUUCUCUUCGUUUUGCUUUCUUCUUCGCUUGCUUGCUGGCUCCCCUUGAUAAGGACAGAAAUAGUCGAUUAAACCAGAAAUAAGAGUGAUUGGAUUGGAAUUUGUUUUGGAUGAGCGAUCGGCGAUGAGCUGCAACGGGUGUCGAGUUCUUCGAAAGGGAUGCAGCGAAUCCUGCGUUCUACGGCCAUGUCUUCAGUGGAUAGAGAGCCCUGAGGCUCAGGGUCACGCCACCGUCUUCGUAGCUAAGUUUUUCGGCCGGGCCGGACUCAUGUCUUUCAUCUCCGCCGUCCCCGAGCCGCAGCGUCCUGCGCUGUUUCAAUCUCUUUUAUAUGAAGCUUGUGGGAGGACUAUUAAUCCGGUGAACGGAGCUGUAGGGCUUUUGGCGACAAGGAAUUGGAAUCUCUGCCAGGCAGCGGUUGAAAAGGUGCUCCGUGGUGGGACACUCUGUCCGCUGCCGGAGCUCACCGGAACCCAUGCUGGAAACGUAUUUACGGAGGCGGACGGAGACGGGGAAAUCUACGCCAAACCGCGAAACGGAUGGCCCCCUUCCUUCUCCGCGGCUAAGCGUCGAAAGGUACCUAUCGUCGGAGAUCGAUCGCAGCCACCGUGCGAUCUCGACCUUUGUCUUACGCCGCAGUCCCCUUCCGCCGCCGUCAGGGAAGAUAAACGUCGGCCAUUAUCCCCGUCUAUGAAUUCUGAGGAGUCUGUUACGACUAUGGAAGAUAGCUUCCGUGAUCGCCGGCCGAGGCUUCUGAAUCUCUUAGUCUGACGAAACUCUUCAGGAUUUUUCACCGAAGAGUUUCCGGCAAUAGAAACCUACUGAGAAUCUCGAUGUCUGUGUGAGUGUGUGUGCGUUUGUGCGUUAAUUUGCGGGUGAAGUUUUGGUGUCUCUUUUUAGAGGCUGUGAGGCUUUUUUUUUCUCCCUUUCUUGUACUCCCACGGCGAGGAUUCCUGUUCGGAAGAUGAUAUCGCCGCCCUUUUAAAUAAAUAGAGGAAUAAAUAAUUACUUUAUUCAUC